AUGAUGGAAGCAGAGCAGCAGCCCGCACCGGGCUCCUUGAGCUGGAGGUUAAGCUCGCACCCCAUCACUCUGCUGACCUUUCUCGCCUUUAGAGUUGCAAGCCUGCUCGUGUACCUCUUCGGCCUGAUCUUUAUAGAUAACAUGGUCAUGAUCUUUAUCAUCACCAUCCUACUCCUCGCCGCCGACUUUUACUACCUCAAAAACAUUGCCGGCCGCCGCCUUGUCGGCCUGCGCUGGUGGAACGAGGUAGACCCCCAGAGCGGCGAUUCGCACUGGGUCUUUGAGAGCAGCGAGCCCGGAACCAAGACCAUCAACCCGACCGACAGCCGCUUCUUCUGGCUCGCCAUCUAUGCCCAGCCGCUCCUCUGGAUCGGCCUGGCCGUAUUGGCGCUCGUGCGCCUCAAGUUCAUAUGGCUACCGCUUGUUGCCAUCGCACUCGUUCUCACCAUUACCAACUCGCUCGCCUUCUCCCGUUGCGAUAAGUUCAGUCAGGCGUCCAACCUGGCCGGAAGCGCUUUCUCAACAAGCAACUUGGCAGGGUCCAUUGCGACAGGGCUCGCGGGGCGGUUGUUUUCGAGGAGCUAG